AUGUGGACUAACGUUUUCAGAAUUGGAGGUCUACAUACUGUUUCCUGGUUUCAGUUUCUUCCUAGUGAAACUGAGCUGAGUCCUGCCUACGAUACAAGUUCAAGAGCUGAGCAGAAUGAUGUUGCAACGUACCUUGUGCUUUCAUCUCAUCUGCUGUUGCAGAAGGAAGGCUUUCUUAGCACGUGGACCAAUUCUUUUGUUGGACCUUGGGAUCCAUCUCAAGGCUUAUACAACCCUGAUGAAAAGAUCAAGCUUUGGCUUUUUCUUCCUGGGCGUCAUUCAUCAAUCACUGAUAAAGCUCAGGCUGCUGUCUCUAAACUUAGAGUUGUUGCUUCUGGAAUCUGGGUAUCACCGGGGGACUCUGAAGAGAUAUCAGUUGCCUUUUCACAGUCUUUACGUAAUUGCAUUGAAAGAGCAUUAAUUGGACUUUCCUACAUGAGAUUUGGAGAUGUUUUUUCAAAAUUCGGCCCUCAAAGUGAAGAAUAUCUGAGGAGGGGACAGCCUACUGUUGAAUUCAUCUUUGCUGCUACCGAAGAAGCAGUUUUUGUCCAUGUCAUUGUAUCUGCCAAGAAUGUUCGGGCACUUUCAAGUGGCGAUGCUGAAAGACUGCUAAAGAGUUCCUUGAAAAACUCCAGUUCUAGGCUUCCAGUGAUUGUUUCUCCUCAUGGUAUGCGUGGAAGCCUCACUGGAUUCUGUCCCAAUGACCUUGUCAAGCAGGUCUACUUCAGUUCUGGAAACAUAGGGACUUCGAGUGGAUCUAUUGGUCUCCCUUCUCAUGUUGGUCGUGGGUCCCGUCUGAUAAAUGACAAUCAUUGUUACGUGGAAGUUACACUUGGUUGCUGCCAAAGUAUUAAUGACAACACAAGUCAAACUAAUUCGACCUUUGCAGUAAACUUUCCCCAUAGUCAGCGUCCUGAACCAUCAGUCGGGAGUAGGGAUCACCGGAAAGGACAACCAGAUAUCUUAUCGGCGCGUGAAAAAAAGUUCAUAUAUCCAGCUGAGGCAGUGCUUGUGCCAGUCUUACAGUCGGCAUUUGCUAAAUUUUCUUUGAAAAGAUUUUGGCUUCAAAACUGGAUAGGACCAUCACUAGCAGGCUCGUCGUUAUUUAUGCACUGGGCUGGUGAUUCUGACUUCCUUGGAUCAUCUGGAAAUAAGAGUGAUGGGUCUUAUGGAAAAAAUGGUUAUAAUAGCAGCGGCAGUAGCCGUAAUAGCAGCAUCAGUUCAACAAGUAGUGCUUCUAGCGGGAGUGGUUGGAGAAUGACUUCAAGAACUGGUGACCUUGAUGCUGAUGCAGAUUCGUUGACGUGUAGACAAUCUGGUCUAACUUGCAAUGAUGAUCACCCAAAAUCGGGUUCCAAGCGAUCGCGAACAGGGAGGGCAGAAUCUUUCGGUCAAGUAGGCAUUGCAGAUGAUGAAAUUGGAUGGGAUUGGGGUGGCGACGACAAUGAUGAUAGAGGAGUUGGUAUGGAUAUCAAGGCACUUCUUUCAGAGUUUGGAGACUUUGGUGACUUCUUUGAGAAUGAUGCGUUGCCUUUUGGGGAGCCACCGGGAACAGCAGAGUCGCAUACGCUCAUGAUUCCUCCAGAUUCUGCUGAUGUAGGUUCUAGUCCAGUGGAUAUGAUGGAUGUACCAGAACAGAUUGUUUUGCCCGAUGGGUUUUCCUCUUUUGAGAGCUUUAAUCCUGUUCCCCCGAUCAUAGAUGAGUGCCUUAUCAAAAGUCAAGAAGGCUUCAACAGCAGUUUCACUUCAGCUCCCUUAAAUCAAAUGUCAAGCUCUUCUACUGGCGAGUUCGAUUAUUUAAUAAAAGCAGAAGCCAUGAUGACGUUUGCUCCUGAGUAUGGAGCUGUUGAAGUACCUAUGAGCGAGAUUUCCUCUUUCAAAAGUCCAUAUCUUCCCAAAUCUCAUAAAGUGGAGAGUUCAAAUUCAAGAACGAGUAAUUAUGUUUAUGGACCCACACCACCUGCCACUGAAUCUGAUGGAGCAGCAGCCGAUAAGAAUUUACUUGGAUCAAAAUCAUGCAUUGGUAACAAUGAUGGCAGAACUUUGUUUCAGUCGAGAGAUUAUUACACUCAAGUGGAGGGCAGAAAGGAUCAAUAUAACAAGCUACCUACUGUAAUUAGUGACAACAGUAGUACAAAGGAGGGUGUUUCUCAGCUAAAAUAUUCAAACUACAGUGCUGUUAAGACCGUACAGGGGAAAACGUCUGACGGUAUAUCUGCUGUUGUUAGCACUUUAUUAUCUUCAAAGACCUUGUUGGCAACAGACGUGGGAAGCAUUAUGUUCCAAGCUUUCAUGUCUAGGAUGCGGCACAUAAUCAUUUCUUCGAAGCACAGUUCACCAGUUAGUCUGACAAGGUUUGGUGGAAACUUAUUCCUGAACCAGCUGUCUCACGAGCCCAGUAGUCUGACAGACAACAUAUCUGCUAGGAACGAGAUAUAUAAGAAAGAAAUACCUACUAGAAUAGCUAGAGAUUUCGACGGAGGAGUGUUAGAUAGCCACAUGAGUGCACCAGUUGGCGUGUGGCGGACUGUUUCAGUCCCAAAAACAGCAAAACCUGCUAGUUCGCCAAAUAUUGAAGCUGGCUCAUCCUUGCCCCAUAGUUCAUUUAGCGAAGACAGCUUACUUUCUUAUGGCCAAAGGCAGCCAUUGCAGGAACUCUUAGAUGGAAUAGCGCUACUUGUACAGCAAGCUUCUUCUUUUGUUGAUUUAGCUUUGGAUUCAGAUUGUGGAGAUGGUCCUUAUGGCUGGCUUGCGCUGGAAGAGCUAUGGAGACGGGAACUUUCGUGUGGGCCCUCUGCUGGCCAUGCAGGGUGUGGGGGUACUUUGGCUUCCUGUCAUUCUCUGGACAUUGCUGGUGUCAAGCUAGUUGACCCACUCUCUGCUGAGGUUUUUCCGUCGUCUGUCAUUACUCUACUGCAAUCUGACAUCAAAACAGCUCUGAAAGAUGCAUUUGGUCAAUCAGAUGGCCCAUUAUCUGUCACAGGUUGGUGCAAGGGCCGAAGUCAAUCAAUGGAUGGAGUAUCUAUUUCGGAGGGAUCUACUCCUGAGUCAGCCCUGCGUGAAGCAAUGUCAAUAGAUGGUGGGAAAGGAGAGGAGGCUGCUCAGAGCCAAGAUAUAUACAAUUCAGAAUUACUCCGACCUACACUUUUUGUUCUUCCAUCACCUUCUAUACUUGUCGGGUACCAAGAUGACUGGCUUAAGAUAUCUACUAACGCUUUGUCACAUUGGGAAAAGGCCCCUUUCGAGCCAUAUGCUCUACCGAAAAAUAUGAACUAUACUGUUGUAUGCCCGGAUAUAGAUCCCUUAACCAGUGCUGCUGCUGAUUUCUUUCAACAACUUGGAACUGGUGAGUCAACGAAUAUAUCUGUUGUGACAUUGGUUAUACUCAAAUUUGACAGGAACUGGUUUCUGCUAAUCAACGUUUCUAGAGGAACAAAAAUUUAG